AUGUCCUGUCCCGACUGUUUCUCCGGCCAUAUCCAUGCUGGCUCGCCGCAGGGGAAUGUGACUACUCUGCACGGCUUGGACGUUUACGUCGCGGAGCCGUCUGCUGGGUCCGAUGCCGUUCGGGGAAUUAUUGUCAUCAUCCCAGAUGCCUUUGGAUGGGAGUUUGUCAAUAAUCGUAUCUUGGCGGAUCGUUAUGCCGAGAAGGGGAAGUAUAGGGUAUAUUUGCCGGAUUUCAUGAAUGGACGUCCGGCACCCACCUGGCUGAUCGGCACGAUGCGCUCGCUGAUGAAACCCAAGAACACCCUGCUUGACUGGGUGACCAAACCAUACCACGCCGUAUGGGCCGCCUCAGCCUUCAUGCGAUUCCUCUACUACAACAAAUUCAGCGCCUCCUGGCCUAUAGUCCGAUCAUUCUUCACCUUGGUGCGUCAAAACGAAGGCUCUCAGCUCCCCAUCGCAGCAGCGGGCUUCUGCUGGGGCGGAAAGCACACAGUCAACCUCGCGCACGGAGCCGAGGUAGACGGGAAGCCCUUGAUCAAUGCCGGGUUCACGGGCCAUCCAAGCCUGCUGGAGCUUCCCGGGGAAAUCGAGAAGAUCAAGAUCCCGACUAGUUUCGCCAUGGGGGAGCUUGACAACGCGGUGAAGAUGCCGCAGAUCAUGCAGAUCAAGGAGAUCGUGGAGACGCGGAAAGGCGUCGGCGAGGUGAAGGUGUACUACGGCGCUGGGCAUGGUUUCUGUGUAAGAGCGGACACGGCGUUGGAGGAUGCGGAUAAGCAGGCUGUCGAGGCGGAGGAUCAGGCGCUGGAUUGGUUUCAUCGGCAGUUUGCGGGCAUUGAGGUUGAGUGA